GGCUCCAGCAGCUCUACCAAACCAUGCAGCCGGGCCGGACUGCGUUCCGAAUCUCACUCGUGAAGCGGAUUAAUAACGCGUCAGAUGCCAUGGAAUUCUUGUUAGCUUUGGAACAAUAUGACCGCUGGGGAAACAAACGUAUAGUACUUGAUUGCAAUGCGAAAAACGCCAAAAGCAUAUUGGUGGAGCAUGUACGAAAAGUGCAAUUGGGGCGACGGACAUAUCACUACAUGCUGAGUGGCCUGGUUAUGGACGACCAUUGGGAGAAUGAAGUAACAGAGUACGGUGCAGUCAAUAUAACCGGGUUCCGCAUCGUCGACCACAGUAGGAAGAUUGUACGCGAUUUCAUGGACGGUUUGCGGCGAAUGGACCCCCGGUUCAAAGGGACUAUAUCGGCCGAAACAGCUCUUAUGUACGACGGCGUUCAAGUCCUUAUGGACGCUCUUGGAAGACUUUGGAGAAAGAAACCAGACGCAUUCCGAAGCGCCUUACGUCGAGCCGCGGGACAAGCGAACUCUACGAAAGUCAUCGACUGCAACCCGGGCAAGAGUUGGGUCGUUCCGUUUGAACAUGGCGAUAAAAUUUCACGGCUGAUCAAAAAGACGGAUAUCGAAGGUCUAACAGGAAACAUUUCUUUUAACGAGGAAGGUCAUCGAUACAAUUUUACAUUGCAUGUUGUUGAAAUGACUGUGCAGAGCGCCAUGUUUAAGGUGGCCACGUGGUCAGAUUCUCGCGGAUUACAAUUGACCUCAUCAAAAGUGGUGCAGCUAAAAUCCCCAGCCACGUAUGAAACAAACAGAACCUAUAUAGUGACUACAAUACUGCAAGAACCUUAUAUGAUGCAAAAAUUAGCAGAAUAUGGACAGAGGGAGGAGCAGUAUUACGGCUUCUGCAAAGACCUUACGGAUCUGAUUGCACGAAGACUUGGCAUUAAAUAUGAACUGAAAAUAGCCAGGGAGCGGAAACAUAAACCCGAAAGCUUUCCAGGGGAUUGGCCGGUGGACGAAAUAAUUCGGAAGGAAGCCGACAUCGUCGUAGCGCCUUUGGCAGUUACGCCAGAAAGGCAACGUGUUGUGGAUUUCAGCGAACCGUUUCUCUCUGUGGAUGUUCCUAUACAUCAUAAAAGGACGCCAAAGCAACUAACGGACACAUUCAGUUUUCUAAGACCACUGUCUAAAGAAAUAUGGUUAUGCGUGAUCUUCAGUUUUUUUGCUGUCAGCAUUGUACUAUUCUUGGUCUCAAGAUUUUCACCACACGAAUGGCGGUCGAUCUCUAUAUCGGACACUCAUUUAGACCACCCCGUAAGCAGCACUAAUGAGAUCAUAUUACACAAUGAAUUCAGCAUAUGGAAUUCAUUCUGGUUCUCUCUCGGGUCGUUCAUGCAACAAGGUAGCGACGUAGUGCCGAGGUCUCUAUCAGGAAGAAUAGUCGGCACCGUGUGGUGGUUUUUCGCCCUGAUAUUGGUGUGUUCAUAUACCGCUAACCUCGCGGCCUACCUGAUCGUGGAACGCAUAGCAGAGCCGACCCAAUCCCUCAACUACGUCCACAGCCUGCAUACUGAAAUGACUCAAUAUUCUCGCAAGGAUUUAACGAACGAAAAGACUUUUGACGCCAGCAGGACCGCUUCUACACAUGUAGUGGACGCCAACGGUCACCCAGCCUGUGACACCAUGACACGCGUUUGUCGCUAUAAGAACAUCAACUACGCCAUUGCUACUUCAAAGGAUUCGCCACUCAAAGAAGCAAUAAAUUUAGCGAUAAUACAGUUGAAAAAGGAUGGUGUUAUAAAUAAACUGUGGGCUAAGUGGAUAAUGACCACGAAAAAAUCUGAAUGUGAUGCGACUGGUGAUGAGGACACGACAGUAAAAGAGAUGACUUUGAGUCAAGUAGCUGGCAUAUUUUACGUAUUACUGGGAGGUCUGGCACUCGCACUAGCUGUCGCUUUGAUAGAAUUCUGCCAGAAUGGUCGCGCGGAAGCUGCUCGUGCCAACGUACCACUCCGUACAGCGCUACGUGCGCGCGCACGUCUGGCAACUGCUACCUCAGCGCGCGAUCGCAAAACGCUACCACAACGCACCCCACAACGCGACCACGAUAGACUCGGAUGGAACGGCGCUGCUUUCGCUGGGGAACAAUACAUCAAUGAAAUGGAUAGUAGCUCAUUUUAA